AUGUGGCUGUUACUUACCGGUUGGACACUGUUUUUGAUGAGCACUCAUCUUGUUGAAAGUAAACCAGAAGUCAUUGUGUGGUCGACAGAGACACGAAUCGAUUUACUUGUCGCUCGUGUUAGUAAACUUGAACUCGCCAUGAAAGCAAUCGAACCAUCAACAAAAACACGUAUUUGCAAGGGCAACGUAACAUCUGAUCAGUUUGAAGUGCACGGUGCUGAAUCGGACUUUGUCGAAGGUCUACGUGUGCAGGUCAAUACUAGCACGUGUAAUUUUACUCGAACACCAACCUAUUUUGCUACUAUGAGUGGAAAAUGGGCCCAUUGGGGUUUGCUAGGCACAUCAGCUGUCUAUACGCCAACACCUACAGAAUUCAUUAUUUAUCUCGGUCAUGUUUUGUCACAAUAUCAAAUGAAUGGACAAGAAUUAUUGGCUGAAGCAAAAAAUGAAAAUUAUAAAUGGCAACUUGAUUGGAUCGGUAUCGAUUAA